AUGCCUCCUCUUCCUCCUCCGAAAAAAUCUCCCUUCCCGCUAUUUUCAAACGAGAUGUCCUACCACGAAAACCCAUUCUUCGAAGCGACUCUCCACGAAACACACCCCUAUGUCCCCUAUACUCCUGCUCGGCCACAGAAACAAUAUUUAGCGAUUCCUGCUGUUCCAUCUGGUGCACCAAUGCAACCUAUCGGUUCACAUCUAUCAGGGCCUCCUUCACUCCUGAUUCUUUUUGUAUGUGUUUUGGUUGCUGGCUAUGCGUAUCGGAUGUUUGCGCGCAGUUCUUGUGGUUGUGGGGCGCAUAAGACGAGAUAUAGUACCGGGAAGGCGACUACAUGUGGGAAAGGCCAUUGA